AAUUUAACAACAACAUUACAUAAUUCUCAUCAUUUAAAUCAUCAUCAUCAUUUGCAUAAUCAUAACCAUCAUAAUUCAUCGUUAUCAAAUUCAUCAUCCACGACAACGUCAAAAUCGACAUUAAUAGCAAUAACCAAUGAUGAUGAAUCUAGUUUGCCAUUGUUGCCUUUUGUUGAAUCAUCUACAUCAUCUGCAUCCGAAUCAUCAUUCAAUCAUCAAAUACAUCCAGAUAAAUCCAAUCCAAAAGGUUUACGUUUUGAAGAAGAACCAUCGGAUUCAUAUAUUGUACGUAGUAAAUCAGCUUUAUUACGUUGUCGUACAUUAAAUGCAUUGAAUGCAUGGUUUACGUGCAAUAGUGGUGAUGAACGUCGUAUACAACAGAAUCAAAAAAUAUCCAAUUAUGUUGAUCCACAAACCGGUAUUCGUUUGAUUGAAAUCGAUUUGGAAAUAACCCGAAGCGAUGUUGAAGAACAUCAAAAUUCUGGAUAUACAAAUCCAUAUCAAUGUUGGUGUACAGCAUAUGGUGGUCAUCAUCAAAUUAUGAGCCGUAAAGCAUCCGUUUCAUUUGCAUAUUUGAAAAAACAUUUUCCAUUAGAACCAAAAUCGGUUCGAAUUGCACUGAAUGAUGUUCAGGGUAAAUCAUCAUCAUUGACCGUACAAUUUCAUUGUCAACCACCGAUUGGCCGUCCAAAACCGAUUGUAUUCUGGAUGCGCAAUGAUGUUAUCAUUCUGGAAAGUGAACACGGUGAACAUUCAACGUCUGCAUCCUUGCCAUCCUCAACGAUAAAAUCUAGUCAAGAUUUUUUAACGGAAAAAUUUCAUCGAAGAAAAUCGAAAAAUCAUAAAAAAAUUGUGAUAACCAAAUCGAAUAAAACCAUUAACGUUGGUGGUGGUGGUCAUCGUAAACGAAUGGCUGAAUCUGUAAAUAACGAUAAUGAAGACGAUGAUGAUGAAGAUGAAGAUUACGAAGACGAUGAUGAAGUACUGGAAUUUGAUGCAUCCAAACAGCCGGAAAAAGAAAUUGGACACGAUGAUGAUGAAGAAGAUGACCACGAUGAUUCAUCAUUAUUACCCGAUCAUUUUGAUUUAGCAUCUUCGUUCAGAAAUGUAAAUAAUAAUAAUAAUAAUAACGGUGUUGGUGGUAACGGUGGUGUUAAUAGAAACAUUCCAAUAAAUUAUCAUAUGGCAAAUGAUUAUACACUUGUUAUAAAAAAUAUAACCGAAAAUGAUCAAGCUAAUUAUACAUGUGGUGUUUAUAAUUAUGCUGGUGUUAGAUUUACAAGGCCAGCAAUGCUUACAGUAUUUGUAAAUGGUGAAUGGUCAAAUUGGGGUAGUUGGUCACCAUGUCAACUAUCUAAUGGUCUAUUAACACAAGGAAUAAAAUGUGGUAUCGGUACCCAGAAACGUAUACGUCAUUGUAGUAAUCCAACACCGGUUAAUAAUGGACAAUUUUGUCCAGGUGAAUCAAUACAAAUUACUGAAUGUACUAUACUUUGUCCACCAAUCGAUGGUUUUUGGUCACCAUGGUCACAAUGGUCAAUUUGUUCACAUGAUUGUACACAGAUACGAAGAAGAAUAUGUAAUAAUCCAUUACCACAAUCAGGUGGACAUGAUUGUUUUGGUCAGGAUUUUAUCCUUAAAAAUUGUACCGGUGGUCUUUGUCGUAAAAUUUUUGAUCCAACCAGCCAUUUUAUACAAUCAUCAAGUGGAUCAACAACAACAACAACAACAACUCUACAACAACAACAACAAUCAAAUGAUCAAAUAUAUUUCAUUAUAAUAUUCAUAUUAAUAUUAAUAAUAUUAACAUUUGUUAUUUAUAUUGUUUUAAAAUAUCAAUUUCAUCGACGUCGUCAUAAUAAUACAAAAUCCGGUGGUCAUUCUUCAAUUUUUAAUCAUAAUUCAUGGUUAAAUGUUGGUGGUGAAUCUGAUCAUCUUUCACAUGGAUCUUUCACAGGUCCAUUAGAUCAGGAUGAUAAUGGUGAUCAUUCUAUUGGUCAAGGACAACCAAAUUCAUUAACACCAACAUUACUUUUACUGCAACAACAUAGUGAUGGUAGAUUUUAUAAUAAACCAGUAAAAGGUAACCAUUAUCCAAUGGAACCUAUUUUAAACACCAAUAAACAACAACAACAACAACAGUCAAUUACACCACAAAAAAUGAUGCUAAUAUCACGUUUGAAUCAAUCAAAUCAUCAACAACAAUCGAAUGGAAUGUUAGAUCAUUUUCUUAUGCAACAACCUGGUUCGGUUACAACAACACCAUUACCAAAUUCAAAAGGUCAUCCAUUACCAACAAUACCACGUGAUGAUGAUAAUCAAAGUUUUCGUAGUGGUUGUUCAAGUGCUAAUCGUUAUGAAGAACCACAAUUUUCUAAUUAUAAUAAUCAUUAUCAUCAGCAUCAUCAGCAUUUAAAUCAUAAUGUUAACCAUCCAGUAAAAUCGUCGAAAAAUUCAGGUUCUCCACAUUCAAUUAAUACCGGUGUUGUUAAUGGUGGUAAUUUAGCUGGUACAAAUAGUAGUAGUGGAUCAGCCAAUACAGCAUUAACAACAACAGCAAAUGAAAUUAGUCAAAAUGAAUCAUCCGAACCAGAUUAUGCUGAACCAAUUAUCAAUGAAUUUGAUCCAAAAUCAAUCACAAUGAAUAAUAAUAACAAUAAUAAUAGUAAAUUUCAACCACCUUCAUUAACUUCCGUUCCACCUAUUAGUAUAUCAUCACCACAAUCAAAAAAUUACCGUUAUUCAUCGGAAGAAUAUUCUGAUUGUUCAAAUAUCGGUUUACAAUAUGGACGAUAUGAAAAAUCAAUAAAAAUUAAUCCAGAAUUAAUACAUUAUGGUUAUUAUUCUUCAUUGCCAAAUCUUGGCGUUGGUUUAUAUUUACCGCCAGAAUUUUUUAGUAAUAAUCAACCGAAUCGAACAACAACAACAACAGUGGUUGAAUCGAAUGUUGUCGGUGAUAAUUUAUACAUUCGAUAUGGUAUCGAUAUUCGUGCACGUUAUCCAGGAAUUUGUUCAUUAAGUUCAGUGAUUACAUUGAAUUUGUCCAAACAUCAACAACAACAACAGAUUGAAUUUAAUCGUCCAGCCAUAUUAUGUUUUCGACAUUGUCUUUCAUUUCAUCAACAACAACAACAACAACAACAAGAUCAAACAUGGAAACGAAAUUUAGUUAUUAUGUGGCAAGAACAACAACAAAAUUCAUCAAAAACAUCAAAAUGGAUUGAAUUAAUUCGUUUGGAUGAUCAACAACAACAAGAUUGUUAUGCUUACCUGGAUUCGAAUAAUGUUUAUCUGGUUACAAGAUUAUUUGGUCGUUUUAUGUUUGGUUAUAAGCAGGAUUUUUCUCAAUAUGGUUCAACAAAUUCUAAAUCAAAUUCAACACUUGAAUCACCAUCAUUUGGUUCGAUUGGCCGUUCAGCAACGAAAAAUCCUUCGGUAGAAUCAUCAAUGAUAUCAAAAAUGGUCAAUUUUUCAAUCACUAUUGAACAAUAUAGUCAAACAGAACAUCUGAUCAAAUGUUUUGUUUAUGAUAAUUUACCGGCAUCAAUAUUAAUGUUUCAAAAUGAUCAAUUACCAUCAUGUUCAGAAUCAUCAACAACAACCAAUUCAAAAAUUACAAAAAAUGAUCAAAAUAAAUUCAUUCAAAUACUUAUUGGUCGUAUGUCCGAUCCAUUACUAUUGAAAUCAUAUAAUUCAUCAACCAAAAUUUCAUUGCCACCAAAUCGUAAUUCAACGCUUUGUUUUGAACUUAUUCAGCAGCAACAAAUUAACCCGUUAUAUACACGUGGUAAUAAUAUUCCAAAUCCAAGAAUGGAAAUCCCAUUGGAACAUCUUUGUUCAUUAGGACCAAAUUCAAUGUUACAUUGUUCAUUUAUGGUGCCAAAUAUGAUAACAACAACAACAACAACAACAAUGAUGGAUGAUGAUGAAGAUUUAGUCGAUGAUGACGACGAUGACGAUGAUGAUCAAGAACCAAAUUCUUAUGACGAUAACGAUAAUGAUUCACAAGAUUCCGUUCGAGAAGAUUCAGGAUUUUCUCCUACAUAUGAAAAUAAACCAUUGGAUUCAAAAAAAUCAUCCAAAUCAUCAUUAUUGCUGAAAAAGAAUCAAAGAAAUCUUAAUUAUGAGAUAAAAAUAUGGCAACAAAAAUCGGAAAAUCGUAAACGUUUUCACCAUCAUCAUAACCAUCAUAAUCAUUAUCAAUCAUCAUCAUCAUCGAAUACAAUCACUUUAAAUCGUUUAAAUAUGCGACCACUACAUCAUCUACCAUCUAGUGGUAGGAUUCAAAAAUAUUUUUUCAAUGAUAAAUAUUCUCGUUUAUUCAAUGAUUCGGAUUUGAAAUUACGACAAUUAUUAACCGAACGUUUAGAUCAUUCAAUUUAUAAUGAUGAUCAUUAUCCAUGGAAACAAUGGGCAAUAUCAAUGUUGAUGAUCAACGAUGAUAAUGAUGACCAUCACCACCAACAUGGAUCUUUUUCAUAUUUCCAACAACAACAAUCACCAAGUUUACAAUUAUUAGAAUUAUGGGAAUCGAAAACAAUCAAUGAAUUAAUGAUUACGAUUGGUGAUGAUAAUGAUGGUAAUGGUAAAAUUGGAUCCAAACGAUCACCACCACAAUCAUCAUCCAGAUCGAAAACAAUGCAAUUAAAAGAAUUAUUCUAUUCAAAAUUAUUGCAUCAAAUUCAAACAACAAUCGGUGGUAGUUCGGAUUUGAUUGAUUUAAUUCUUGGCCAUCAAUUUUAAUUUGUUUAUCUUUUCACUCACUAAAUUUCCACAUUUUUGCACUCAUUAACGAACAAAGCAAAUUCACCACAGAACAAAUUUUGUUUCAUUUUUUUUUUAAAUUGUUUUGAACUACAAGUGCCUAUUAUCCAUCCAUUCGAUUCAUUCAAAGUGUCCUAGGUUUAUUCGAAUAGCGAUUCUUUGGAAAAAAAAUAACCGCCCAUGAAUGAAAACAUUGAGCUUCA